GAUUAUUUUAAUAGUGAAAAAUAUUACAUAAAAAUAUCCUACAUUUGUGAGCAUGCUUUGUUUCUUUUUUGUACAUUUUUCUAUCACAACAAAGGCCAAAAGGAAAGAAAACACAAAGAAGUUCAGGCUUUGUAAUGAGCAUUGUUGACGUCACUAAGCGCACGCGUCCUUACGGGAUGCCAUGGAUCAUUAAUUAAACCGUGAAAACACACAAACCCGUCGUCGGUAUCGGGGUGGGGGGGAAGUGAAAGAAGUGAAAGUUCAUCCUCCAGACACACGCCGAUCCCCCGGACAGCACAUCCAACAAUGCAUCAUGGGGAAUGUAGGAUCUUUGAGGGCUUAAGGACUUUGUUGGCAUGACUCCAUCCGUCCUGCAGACGUGUGCUUGGUCACGUCCAGAUGUGACGUCCAAAGCCAUUACGCCCGAGGAGCUGUAACCCAACUCCAUCUGUCCAGUCACGUCCCCGUUGCCGACUCACCCGCCUUUCUCCAGUGUCCCUGCGGCCCAGGCUUGGGGGGCCACUCCGCUCCGUGCCACCCUGCAAGCCAGGACGGCCCGCCGUCUGCCUCUCACCCAGACCUCAUCACCAUCAUGGAGGCUCUGUGUAUGAAACACCUGGAUGAGGAUCAGAAGAAAGGAGGGUUCAGAAUGGCGGCCUGGGGCUCCACUGCUGAGGAGGAUGAAGAAACCUCCGUGCCUGCAAACCGGAGGAAGGUGUCAUUCGCGGAUGCUUUCGGCCUGGAUUUGGUGUCCAUUAAGGAGUUUGUGGACGCCACGGAGGUCAGCGAGGAAAUAGAAGCCGGCCCUUCUGAGGAGUUUUACCUUUCUUGUCUCUUCACCGCACCUUCAUCUUCAGAGGAGCUGGAGCGGAGCCUGGAAGCGCAGAUGGUGGACUUGGAGAGCAUCGAGCUCCUUCCGGGUACCACAACCCUGCGAGGCACGGUGCGGGUGCUCAACCUCUGCUACAGCAAGUCUGUGUACGCGAGGAUCACCCUGGACCGCUGGAGGAGCUACUUUGACAUCAUGGCCGACUACGUACCUGGGUCCAGUGAUACCAGAACGGAUGGCUUUACCUUCCAGUACACGGUGGUUCCUCCCUUGGAGAAAGAAGGCACCAGGGUGGAGUUUUGUCUGCGUUAUGAGACAUCACUGGGCACUUUUUGGGCCAAUAACAAGGAGAUGAACUAUGUCAUGUUCUGCCACCAGAAGAGUCCUGUUAGGAAACAAGUGCAGAGGAGCUGUCUCAAAGCUAGCAGGAGAGGAAGCGCUCAGGAAAAACAGAGCAACAACACGGCCAUGCUUACCACAGAAGCGGAGGCCCCACGGGAAGAAGAGAGUGCAGAGAGUCCGUCCUUAUUCCACCCUGCAGAGUACAAACCUCGGGUGGAGAGCAUGAAAAACCGACAGAGAGCCGCACGCCUGGCGCACGUCAAAGACAUAUUCUCCCACAGGUGGGGGCUACAUGACGCCGGGGCCCACGUGGGCACGAGGAAACAAUCGAACAAGCGACCCCAUGUGCUGACCUACCACCAAAUUCCUCUGAUUAGCCUGGACUGGGACAAUGAUAAUAAUCUAAUGGAUGAUAUCUGGACAGGAAGAGCCAAAGUGACCUUGUCGAAAGAGCAAAGUGUAAAAGCCGCAGCGUCUGUUAAUGAUAUUUUGGGGUCCUUUCUUAAUGGGAAAGGUCACGCCGCUGAUAACGACACCUCUGUGUGUGAUGUAUGGCGGGCUUUUAUUAACGAGCCUGCUUCCGAGGACGAGUCGAGUGUCCCCGAGUCGGAAUGGCUGCAAACCGCCGUGCGGGUUUCUUCUCUGCCUGAAGAAAAAGAUGUCCGGAAUGCCACCCUAGACGCCUCAGCUGCGGGUCAGGCGCUGUCACAUGCUUCCCAAACAUCGCCAGAUCACGUUUCCCCAAGGGGUGAGGACACAGUCGCGGCAGAGUCGCAUGCGACUCUCGUGUCCCGGGGAUCUGUUGACACUUCAGAAGAACAUCGAAACAAAGGAGAUGAAUGCCUGAAGGAGUUGACGCCCAUGACAGCAGAGCCACAGAAUGCCGACGGCCAUGACAGGAUCUCACAGGGAGAAAGACGGAUUCUGGGAGGGGAAGACACAGGUGGCGGGAUGGGUCACCAAAGAACGGAGAUGGAAGUCAGAGAAGAUGAGAAGAAAAAUGAGGAAAUCGGCACACUGGAUGACCAUGUCAUCAUCUCAAAUGGUCAGAUCUUUGAAGCCAAUCCAGAGGAUCGUGUCCUCCAUCGCACUUUAAGACAUUUCCCGCCAGAUAGGCACAACCUGAAUGGGAAAAUGAGGUCUCAGGAGUGCGAAAGAAGCCUAAAGUUAACCGAGUUUUGCAACCAAUUGGAUCCAUUAAAUGAACGAGUGACCUUCACGUUGGAGGACCCUCUGGGAAUAAACCAAAGUGACCACAGACAAGAGCCUAAUUUGACGGAGAAUACCAACGCUCUUGAAGUAAUGGAGUCCAGAUUGGAUAGAGUUGGAGAUGGCGCACUUGAACGACCAACGGACUCCACAUCAGGUGUUCUCCAUGAAACAGGAAGUACCGCCGCAGAAGAAAGUGGGCAGUCGAUUGCUCCUGCCGAUCCCGUUUCGUCUGCUCCAGAUGUCAACCGUCCCUGCCGGAAGUCCAACGGUUUUAUGUGGUGGACCAUGUUGUACAUCCUAAGUCACUUCACCCGAUUCCUCACCUGCAGCCUGCCAGUCGCCGGAUUUGUUGUUAUUGUUUCCUUGUACGAUUUCCUCGCAUUCUCUAUGCUAUACGUGUUUUCAUGCUUUCAUGUUCUUACUUGUUUGCUCGCGUGGUGGUUUUAUAAGUGGAAGUGGUCUCAGGGGGGGACAGACGGGGUUGUCGGCUAGGGUGAAAUGGUUACUACAUCAUCAGGGUGUCUUCAUAGGGACUAGGUGCAAUGACACAUUUUUAUAUCUGUAUUUUUGUCUUAGUAGUGCACUGUUUGGUUGGCUUUUCUUGAAUAAAAUAAACGAUCGGUCACCAUCCUU